CGCCAAAACGAACCUCUCAAAAAUGGAUCUCCAGGCCUUGGCAGAGAAACAUGGCGGGAUAUCGGCGGCAGUUGUCGGCAAGGCGCAAGAGUUACACCGUUUGCUCGACUUGAAGCUUCAAGGGGGAGGAAACGCCGUGCCGAUGCUGGACCGUCCAGCCGCGUGUCUGGAACUGGCGUGCGAAGUGCUCCAGGAACCGUUUGAUAGUCGGAAGCUGUACAUGCUCUCAGGGGGCACGAGUCUAGGGAAGCACAAACAAUGUGUACGCAACAUCAGCGGCAUCUUACGCCUUCAAACCACGACGACCAUCACAACAGCGUCGCUUUGCGUGAAAUUUGGAUGUCCCGGGCUCAAAGACUAUGUUGCGUCUGUGCACGACGAAUACAAGCAUCGCAUGAUGGCCAAGUUGACAGCCACCCAACAACGCUAUGUGGACGUGACACGGCCUCUGUUUCCCGCCGCGGUGUUUUACACAUGCGCGCAAAAGGCUAGCUACCGGGUCGACAAGAACCAACUGCUUCAAUUGACCAUGUCCCAACCCAAGGAGUUUGGCAGCGUCGUGUCGUCGAUCGAGGCAUUGUGUCAACAUGCACUGACCAAGUUUGUUCCCGCGGCCACUGCUUGUGCAUUGGGUCGAAAGCGGAAACGAAACGAAGUCGACGCAUCGACACAAGACGCCGUAGACAAGGAGAACAACUCCAAGGACGCGAGCAAUGCUGUGUCCAACACACGAUCGUUGGACCAGAUCAAGAAACUCAUUCAGCAGCAUGCAGCAGCAGCAGCGCAAUCCGCCAUCCGUAAGGACUUGAAACAUGGAGUAUCGUCAUGCAUUUCCCCGUCCAUAGAAACCCCUCGACCGACACGGACUCAACAACCACCAACGUCGCCGGUCCAAGCGUCGACCGCGCCCAGCAGCGCCUAUGCAGACUGGAAGAUGAACAUCUUGUCGAAACGGAUGCAAAACGCGGACACCACGACAUAGGAAUGAUCGAACGUUCUAAUAUGCGAUACAAUAUUAGACGUCAUGUCAAUACAUC